AUGGUUGCCAUCAAGCAUUUUAGCGUUGCAUCGCUUAUGUGGCUAGGCCUCGCCAGCUACGGACUUGCCACUCAUCAGGAGAAUCCAAGAGGCUUGGACAAGCUUGACGAGCGGCAAUUAGAUGAGCUCGAAGUCCGUGACCUUGAAGAGCGCGGCCGGAACUUGCCUACUCCUAGCAGCAGCCACGGAGGCGGUCCCCGACGAGGAGGCAAGAAGAUUGUGAAGCGCGGCCGCAACUAA